UCCAGGAGACUGUUAGGAGGUCAGCAGGAGGGUGUUUCCUAUGAACGAGUGAACAAAUAAACGUAGGGCAAAGCGCAUAAGUUAGGUGUUGACUGUUGAGUAGAGGCGACGGUUGUAGAGGCGACGAUGAUGCCCUUUCUUCGGCGAAGUCCGGGUGGACCUUCCAUUCGUCAAUGGGUCUCAAGCAUAGUACUGUCGCAGGUGAAGCAAACGGUACCGCAGAGGGCUGCCGUUCCUCUCAAGAGAAAGAUAUCUACAUCGCCUAUGUCGUCCCAGCAACUCUAUCUAAAUCCUGAAGUGUACAAUAGACGGCAUCGCUUUCAAGCACAUCACAGCAUGCUAAGCCUCGAGUUAUUCAACGCAGCCUUCAAGGGGGACGACGGAAAUCAGCAAUACCUGGACAUUGGCUGCGGAGACGGUGACUUCACGCGUAAUGCCUUGCUUGACCAGUGCCAACCGUGCGGCCGGUUGAUCGGCACCGACGUCUCUGAAGAUAUGAUAAGGUACGCAAGAGAACACUUUCAGCAUCCGCAGAUUCUACACGAAGUGCUGGACAUUGGCGGGGAAGUGUCCUGGUUCAUUCGAAAGUACGGCACAUUUAGGCGUGUUUAUUCGUUUUAUGCGCUUCAUUGGUUGCAAGAUCAGUUGACGUGCUUCAAGAACAUUGCCGAUCUCCUGACCCCAGAUGGGGAGUGUCUCUUGUUCUUCUGCGGCCAGUCCAACGUUUUCGAUGCCUGGAUUGAGCUUGCAAAAAUGGAGCGCUGGAAGCCGUACUCAGAGGUUCUUCUGAAAAGAGUACCACACAGUCAUUACGCAGAAGACCAGCGUGCCUACAUCGAACCACUUCUUCGAGCAGCAGGUCUUAAUGCGCACACUUGUGAGGUCAUUGGAAAGAAGUGGCCUGUCCAUUCGGAACAAGCACUUAGGGAUACGCUUACGCCGCUUCUACCGGUCACGAACUUCGUCAGACCUGAAGAUGAACGCCAUAUCUUGGAAGAUUAUCUUCGCAUAGCCCUGGCAGGUUGCAGGACAUCAAUGUCAGAUGCCCUCACGAAAUUCACAUCUUAUUUCUUGGUGCGCGCGUCUAAGGCUAAAUAACGAAGACGGCGCAUUUGUCACGGGAAAAAGACUGUAGAAACAUACGCCAGGUUUCUGUAGGGCUUUCUACCGGUUCCAGUAGGCGGUGACACUAGAGGCAAUCGUUUUCGAACGACACAUGAAACCCAUUUCUCUUGCGGUGGUGUCAGGUAACCACAACUUUCAUUUUGUGAUGAGAACCUUUUGCGCUGUAUUGUCCCUUUAACGUUCACGGAAAUCAUGUCGAGUGCAAGUUGGGCGGGGACUGGCACUCUAUUGAGAAAAGAAAGAGAAGAUAACAAAUAGUUUUGCGCUCUUGUACGAGUUACGCGAGACGAGAAUGACAUAACUUAAAUGUCUAUUUCAACAAAACUUUGAAAAGCUUGCAAUAAAAAUCAGUACCCUUUA